AUGAAUCUUCUUAAUCGGAAAGAUAGCGCAAAGGCCGGUGCCGAGACUGGCACAACCGAAGCGAACGCUUUCGGUCAGGUUGAGGGUCUCUUUGCCCAGAACACGCUAUCCAGACCAUCUAUCACUCGCACAGACAGCGAAGACUCGGCUGGUUUAGCUCGAUACAGGGUCAAUCAUACGUACUCUGGCAAUGACCCCAGCAUACUGAAGAUGCUUGAUUCGAUGUAUGUUGACAAUUAUCCUCACGACAUUGCCGAGUUCGGUCCACUGGUCACACCUAUUACUAGAAGGAAAGCUAGCAAAGUAAACGGACAACUUACGGAAGAUGCUUGGAAACCUACUGGAAAGAUGGUUGCCACGUUUGCAGAACACACUGGCGCUAUCAACCGCAUUCUUCCAUCCCCUGAUCACAUAUUCUUCAUCACCGGAGGAGACGACGGUGCAGUGAGAGUGUGGGACACUACACGAUUAGAGCGCAACAUCGCCCACCGAUCAAGACAAACUCAUAGGCAUGCGCCUGGUGUGAAGGUACUCGCCCUUUGUUUCAUCGAAAACACUCACUGCUUUAUCAGCUGCGCCAGUGACGGAAGCGUCCAUGUUGUCAAGGUUGAGACGGCCUUUGCGAGCGGUGUCACGCGGUACGGAAAGUUGAGACUGUUGCGGGAAUAUCAACUCCCUGAAGACGAGUUCGCUGUGUGGUGUGAGCAUUUCAAGCAAGAGACGAACUCUGUCUUGGUCCUUGCAACCAAUCGGUCUCGUAUUCUGGGCAUCGACCUCAGGACCAUGACACUUCUCUUCGUGCUCGAAAAUCCAGUCCAUCACGGAACUCCUACCUGCUUCUGCAUAGAUCGCAAAAGAAAUUGGCUCUGCCUGGGCACUUCCCACGGCGUAUUGGAUCUGUGGGAUCUGCGAUUCCGAAUGCGAUUAAAGGCGUGGGGUGUCGCUGGAAACAAUGCGAUCUAUAGGCUUUCAAUACACCCUGUCAAGGGCAGGGGCAAGUGGGUGUGCGUAUCAGGAGGCACAGGUCAGGGCGAGGUCACCGUAUGGGAUCUUGAGAAGACACUCUGCCGAGAAGUCUACCGCGUAGGCGGAAACAAAGAGAGCUCUAAAGGCUAUAGCCCUUGGGAUGUCGACGAAGACAAGCCGGAGGGCAUGCUCACGCGGUUUGCGACUAACAUUGAGCCGAGCGCAACAGGCAACUCAGACCGCGGAGUCCGUGCAAUGGUUGUUGGAAGCAGUGCUCUGGAGGAGCAACGUGAUGUGCGGCAUGCCUUUAUACUUACUGGCGGCUCGGAUAAGAAGUUGCGAUUCUGGGACCUGUCACGAAUCGAGAACUCGACUGUCUUUAGUGGACUGCAGCCGGACGAGGGCAGGCCGACCUUCACUGCGUCGCACCCACUGACGUCCAUGACACUCAACACAGAGCGAUUGCCCAGGCAGAAUCCAACUGCACCUAAUGCGGCAGCCGGAGCUAAGGGGCGCGCCUCGGGCGGACGGCCACCACGAUCAACGGUCAUCUCUCUACAGCAGCAACAACUUCUCAAGUCGCAUUUGGACUCGAUCAUGGACAUUGCAUUAGUCGAGUCGCCGUAUACUAUGACUAUCUCCGUGGACCGGUCUGGUGUUGUAUUCGUGUUUCAAUAG